AUGCACUCCCCCACGCAUCCCCUCCCUGAAAGCCUCACGCCGACCGAAGCUGAUGAAUCUUCCACCUCGUCGCACCGCACCGUCAGCACCGACAUCGACGGGCAGCCCCCGGCCACACAGCCCUCAGACCCAUGUGACUGUUUCGCACACCUUCGGCCCGCAAAUCUGGAGGCCUGCCUCGCCUUCGACGAGGUAGCAUCAGAGAUCAAGAGCGCGCCGGACGCCUUUCCUUACCACCGCAACUUCCUUUCCAUCGAGUCCAUCGUGCCGCUCAGCUCACUACAGCACCCGCCCCGGCCAGCCGAUGGUUAUGAUGACGACGAGGACCCGCCCCUGAGCCAAAGCCAGAGCCAGUCCGGAUUCCCGCCCCAGGCCAGCGCCACCGAGACGGAGACGGAUGAGGAGACGGCCACGCAGGACCCGCGCCUCGUCUGGACCGGGCACUACCGCUUCUCGUUCGACGCGCCGCUCGAGCUGCCGCCGCUAGGCUGGCGCGUCGGGUCGGGGCGGUGGAAGAAAAGCAAAGGAAACCCGUCCACCACCACCACCACCCCGGCUUCCGCCUCCACAGUGCGCAACCACGGCGGCGUCGACCUGCUGCUAGCCAAGACGCGGGUCCCAGCGUCCGGGCUAGCGGGCCUGCACGCGCGUUUCGCCUUCGAGCGCAACGGGGCGUUCAUGCUGGUCGUCGAGAACCCGCGGCGGCCGGUCGUGGUGCUGGGCGACGAGAGCUUCGACAGCGGCGGGCGCGUGCUGGCGAAGCCGCGGUGCCGCAUCGGGCUGGGGAACCUGGCGUACGUCUUCGAGUACGUGGUGCGCAGCGGGGGGCCCGCGAAGGAGCGCGCGUUCCAGCAGCGGCUGGGCCAGUUCCUGCGCGAGACGUUUGGAGGCAGGGAUGGCGGUGCCGGUGCGACGCCGCCGCGCGAGCUGCUGGCCAGCCCCGCCGAGGCGGAUCAUCCGCUGUGCGAUUGGCUGAUCAGGGGCACGGUGGGCAGGGGCGCGUUCGGGACGGUGACGGCGGCGAGGCAUCGGGUGACGGGGAGGAUCGCGGCGGCGAAGAUGGUGGUGAGGACGCAGAGGAGCGUGAGGGAGUGCAUGAGGGAGAUUGAUAUCUGCGCCAAGGUGCCGGGUCAUGUAAGCAUCCUCUCUAUCUCUACAUUCGAUCCAAGCAGAAAACAAGCAACACACGCAUGGCUUCUAGCAAACGAAGCCCGAAAAGACGCUGAACGAAAGUGUGACGUGCAACAGCCCAACCUCUCCUCCCUCAUCGACACCAUCUACGAACGCGGCGAGCGCUGGUACACGGGCCCGCGCCCCGAGCGCGUCUGGCUCAUCUCCUCCCCCUUCGUCCGCGACACGCUGGCCGCCCACAUCCAAACGACCUCGCCCGCAGCCUCCGCCCUCUCCACCCCGCUCCCGCCCCACCUCCUCCACCUCCGCCUCACCCUCUUCCACCAACUCCUCUCCGGCCUCGCCCACCUCCACGCCCACGGCUUCAUCCACCGCGACAUCAAGCCCGCAAACAUCGGCAUCGUCUCCAUGCCCCCCAUCAGUGCCCCACCGCCACCAACAACAACAACAACCACCCACCCCCUUCCCUCCUUCUCCUCCAUCGCCGCCAUCCUCGCCACCACCACCACCACAAACAAACCCCCUCCCCCCCGCAUCGUCAUCCUCGACUUCGGCCACGCCAUCCACGCCCCCCGCGCUCACCCCCGCCCCGGCACCGUCGGCACCAUCCCGUACCUCGCCCCGGAAAUGGAGCCUCUGCCUCUUCCGCCGCCACAAUCGUCGCCAUCAUCGCCAUCAUCGUCACCGCCACCACCACCCACAUACGGCCCCGCCGUCGACGUGUGGGCACUCGGCGUGGUGGGGUGGCAGUUGUUCGUGCAGCCGGGCCUGCCGUGGCGGCGGGUGCCGGAGGAGGAAGGGGUGUGGGCGGGGAGGGUGGCGGCGUUGAGGGGCGCUGUGGGGAGGGUGGGGGAGAAGCGGGGGGAGGGGGAGAGGGAGAGCAGCAGCAGCGUGUUUGCGCUUUUGGUGGAGAUGUUGGCGUGGGAGGAGGGGGGCAGGGUGGGGGCGCGGGAGGCGUUGGGGCAUGCGUGUUUUGGGGGGGUGAGGGGGGAGGUUGAGGAGGUGGAGGCGGAGGCGGAGAGGAGGAGGCGGGGGACGAGGAAGAGGGCGAGGAGGGGGGAGGGGGAGGAGGGGGAGGAGGCGCUGGAGGUGGUGGGGUAG